AGAACGGAAGUGAAAAUACUGAACACAACUUUGGAAAAGUGUUGUAAAAAAGGAAGUAAUGAAUUGGCGAGAAAGUAGACAGUAAAGGUUGGUGAUUGGAUUAUACUAAGCAUCUGAGUUAAUUAACAAAAUUAAAUGGCACCAUGCUUCGACAAGUCUUAGCGAGCAGCAUCAUUCGUUUGUUGCUGUGGACAACGUGUUGUACUGCAGCAUUAGCCGCAUGUAGAUGGCCCGAUAAAGAACCAAAGAAUGGAUACUUCGUCUAUCAGAAAACAGGAGAUCGAAACAAUGAAAUGGCUCCCAAUCUUUAUGUCUUAAAGUUCCGUUGUCACAUGGGAUACCGAACCAUUGACAAAGACUCAGUCUUGUGCUUCAAUGGCGCCUGGACGUCUUCAGUCUCAGAUUGCAUAGAAAUGCAAUGUCCUGAUCCUCCAAGACUACCGAAUGGUGAAUACGUCUUGAACACAACAAGGGUAGACAGAAUCUACGCAGUGGCUCAAUAUUUCUGUAAUGACGGAUAUCGCUUAGAAAAUGAUUCUCUGGACACAAUGCAGUGCUUACUGAACAGAAAAGCCAACCUAUUGCGGUGGAAAGGUCCAUUCUUGACGGAAUGUAUCCCCAAAGGUACCUGCCCGGAUCCAGGAAAGUCUCCGGAUGGUUGGAGGAAAGGAGGGUGUUGCUACUCCGGAGAUCAGGUAGAAUAUGGAUGCAAAGAAGGGUUUGAGUUGGUAGGAUCGAGCAUCAUUGAGUGUCUUCCCACUGGGGGAUGGUCAUCCAAGAGACCUCGAUGUCGGCCUGAGGAAGAGCAUUGUGAGAUGCCUCCCCCCAUAAAGAAUGGACUGACGACAGGGGAGAGGAAAGGGGAUUACUAUCUCCCAGAAGACGAGGUGCAGGUUGUCUGUAAGCCUGGCUACAAGUACAGCGAAUCAUCCGAGUAUGUGAUAUGUGAGGAAGAGACUGGCUGGGACGCUCCCUUCGGAGAAUGCACUGAAUUCUACUGCAAUCAUCCGGGAUUUCUGGAGAACGGUUCGAUUCCGGAAGUGGAAUCCGAUAACAGCAGUUUCCCCUACGAUUUCGAGCUGACUUACAUCUGCGACAAAGGGUUUCGACUUGUUGGGGACAGUUGGCGGUACUGCAGCACUAGAGGAUGGUCCGGGAAGAAACCCAGAUGUAAACCCAUCCGAUGUCCGGAUCCUGGCGUUCCCGAGUACGGUUACAGGAAGGGGAAUUCUUUUGAAAUCGGAAGUGAGGUGAUCUUCCAGUGUUUCUCUGGUUUCGAUCUGCUCGGUUCCAUGGAGCGGUUCUGCAUGCCCAAUGGCCAGUGGAGCGGGGACCUCGCCAGCUGCAACCUGGAAAGCAACUACUGUCCCGACCCGGGCAUCCCGGUGAACGGGAUGAAGAACAGCAGCAGGUACGACUUGGGGGAGAAAAUCCGGUUCAUAUGCAGCCCUGGACAUAUACUUCUGGGAACAGAGAUCCGGGAGUGCCUAGAGAACAGGACCUGGGCCGGAGAGGAAGUCAAGUGCAUCAGCCCGUACGACUACGAUAAUACGGGGCGAGUGCUGAUUACUCUGCAGCAGGCAAUCGAAGAAAAAGCUGAAGAAAGUCAAAAAUACGAGAAAAUGGCAAGACAAAAUAGCGUUAUGGGUCGCAAACUUGAUCUCAGUGAAGGAAGGAUUAUUCUGUACUUCUUAUUUGAUGCUUCAGGCAGCGUCAAGCAGAAAAAUUUUGCCAGAAGUGUCGAGUUUGCCAAAGCGUUAACCAAAAAAGUGAAUGUAUCACCGGCAGGGGCUCGGGUCGGAGCACUCACUUUCAGCUCCUCGGCGGAAGUGAAAUUCUUGCCCCUAGACUAUGAUACUACAGAUCAAGUCCUAGAUGCCUUGGAUGCACUUAACUAUACAGGUGGUGGCACAUCAGCAUCGUCUGCUCUGCGGGAAGUGAGAACCGUCCUCAUUCCAACGACACAGACCUCUCUAGGCAAGAGGGGUAUGAAAUCUGUCAUCUUUAUCCUCACAGAUGGCAAGGCGAACAUGGGUGGCGACCCACAACACGAGGCCAGGAUCUUAAAGGAACAAGGCGGCGUGGAGAUCUACUGUGUCGGCAUCACCGGUGAUAUCAUGCAGGAGAGAUUGUACAGCAUCGCUUCCGACCCUAAAGAGGAGCAUGUCUUCAUUCUGCAGAAUUACCAGGCCCUCGAGUUCCUUAUGCAGGAGAUAACGAGUGGCAGCAUAGACUAUUCACAAUGUGGUCUGGGGCAGGAAAGCUGGGGCCGGAUAGAACGCAGCAGAAUCAUCGGCGGGGCAAGUGCCCGUGAGCCAUGGCCCUGGAUAGCCGCACUCUACUUUACUGAACCAGGUUCAAGGGACCGCGAUAGCGCUAUACUUCAGUGUGGAGGUUCCAUCAUAAGCGAAAAUCUCGUGAUGACUGCUGCUCAUUGCAUGUUCUCAAAACUAGGUCAGAGAAAUGAAAUCGAAACUAUUGUGAAAUUGGGUUUGACGAAUGUGACAAACAAAACUUACGCACAGAAUUAUGGAGUGAAAAAAUAUUUUAUUCACCCUCGUUACAGAGAUGGUGUCAGCUACGACUACGACAUAGCUAUUCUACAGCUCGACCAGAAGAUAAAAUUCACUGCUUACGUUCGACCCAUUUGCUUGCCGCCAAUAGUGUUGAACGACAGCAGUACUCUUUACAAACCUGGCGAGCCGGCUGUAGCUAUCGGAUGGGGCCACGAAGGAGUGGUAGAGGAUUACGAAAAGGUGUCGCUGAAAUCCAUCGAGAACCUGAAACAAGUUUUCAUGCCCAUCCAGUCUUCGAAAACUUGCAGGCAGACCGCGGAGGGGCGUGGGAUGUUCACGGAGAGAAUGAUCUGCGCUGGAGACGGAAAAGGUAAUGACACAUGCCGUGGAGACAGCGGAGGUCCUCUGAUGCGUAAGCAGAUGGACGAUGAUGGAAACACUUAUUGGACGGAGAUCGGACUGGUCAGCUGGGGCAUUGGGUGUGGACAGCCAAACACUUAUGGUUACUACACCAACAUUCAGAGCAUGAGGUCAUGGAUCGACAAAGUAACGGAGGAAGUGGCAGCCAGCGAGCAGGAAAACAGGCACAGCGAGGAGGAGCUGCAGCUUGCACCAAAGAACAAAUGAAAGGAUGAGACCUGGAUCUGAUAUUUUGCGCGUUUAUUUUAUAGAAAUACUUUGUGGUAAUGUUUGUGGUAAUAAACUGUUUUGAUUCCA